UCAGGUUGCUGUGCAUUCCUGAGUUCCCGCGCAACUUGUCAGGGCUCCAUCCGCCAGAGGAUGGGCGGGAGGUCCCUGCAACUGCGGAGCUGGCGCCGCGUAGAGGUUCGCGCAGGACGGAAUCCGGAGGGGUGCCGACUGUGUACACCGAUCUCCCCGACCAGGAAGGACCCGGGGGAGGGGACCGGUUGGGCCUUGAAAUCCACGCCUUGAGACCUCGGGAAGGACAGCUAAAGGGGAACUUGGGUGAGCUGCAUAGGAGUGAGGAGGCAAGCGCUGGGGGCGUCUUCCUAUCCUAGCUACACUACUUUGGGUGAAUUCUGGUGGUCCCAUCACCUCUCCAACGUCACCUGCCCUGUGCGGGGUCUCCCUGGGCUCUAGGUCACUGGCCGAGCCUCACUUCUUUUCCUUUGGGGAAGGGGUAUGGCACGACUCACGCUCCCAGGAGCAGGAGAGCCGGCCCUGAGCAGGUCCUACCCCAUGGCUCCAGGGACACACGUGACUCAGACACCAGCCCUCCUGCCCUGGGAGGUUUCCAGUGCACGCGGACUCCCAGACAGGGAAAGAAGCAGAGGAGAGAAGGUGAUGAGACCUGGAAUGGGGGACACCCCAGGCAGAGGGAGAGCCCAGAGGAGGUGCCUGAACAAGCCAGGCACAUCUGAGAACUAUAAGCUGAGACCAGAAGGCCCAGCCAGCAGGGGCAGUCUGGCCUACAGCGAGGACCUUGAGGAGGAAAAGAACUCAGCAUUCACCUGGGAGGUGAAGGCCAACGACCGGACUUACAAUGACCAGUUCAGGGAGAAGGCCUUCCUGUGCUGGCAGAGGAAGAAGUACAAGGACAACACCAUCCACACGGCCAAAUACAACUUCUUCUCCUUCCUGCCCUUAAAUCUGUACGAGCAGUUCCACCGAAUGUCCAACCUCUACUUCCUUUUUAUCAUCAUCCUCCAGGGCGUCCCUGAGAUCUCCACACUGCCGUGGUUCACCCUCUUCACUCCCUUCGUCUGUCUGCUCGUCAUCCGGGCCACUCGAGACCUGGUGGACGACAUUGGUCGACACAGGAGUGACCGGACCGUCAACAACAGGCCCUGCCAGGUGCUGGUCGGGAAGAGCUUUCUGUGGAAAAAAUGGAAGGACCUGUGUGUGGGGGACCUCAUUCGUCUGCACAAAGACAACAUUGUCCCGGCCGACGUGCUCUUGCUGGCCAGCACGGAGCCCAGCAGCCUGUGCUAUGUGGAGACAGCCGACAUUGAUGGGGAGACCAACUUGAAGUUCAGACAAGCCCCGAGGGUCACGCACCAUGAGCUAACCAGCAUCAGGAACAUGACUUCCUUUCAAGGCAAGGUGGUGUGUGAAGAACCCAACAGUCGAAUGCACCACUUUAUGGGACACUUGAAGUGGGAGGGCAAGAAAUACUCCCUGGACAGUGGCAAUAUCCUUCUACGAGGCUGCAAGAUCCGGAACACAGACACCUGCUACGGAAUGGUCAUCUAUGCCGGUUUUGACACAAAGAUCAUGAGGAACUGUGGCAAGAUCCAUCUGAAGAGAACCAAGAUAGAUCGUCUGAUGAACAGGCUGGUGAUGCUGAUCUUCGCGUUCCUGGUGCUGAUCUCUAUGGCUUUGACCUUGGGCUUCCGGGACAUGGUGACAGAAUUCAAGGCCAAGCACCACUACGUGGCUGAGAAGCACGUGCACAGUGUGACCACCGAGUCUUUCCUCAUCUCCUGCAGCUUCCUCAUCCUGCUCAGCGUCAUGGUGCCCAUGUCUGCGUUCUUCACAGCUGAAUUCAUCCACCUGGGGAACAGCAUUUUCGUCAACUGGGAUGUGCAGAUGUACUACGAGCCCCAGGACAUGCCUGCCAAAGCCCGCAACACCAGCCUCAGUGACCAGCUGGGCCAGGUGGAGUACGUCUUCUCCGACAAGACAGGCACGCUCACACAGAACGUCAUGACCUUCAGGAAGUGCUGCAUCGACGGCAUUGUCUACGGCCCAGAUGAGGAGGAGGCCCUGCGUAAGGAGAGCCCCUACCUCUGGAACAAAUUUGCUGAUGGGAAGCUGCUCUUCCAAAAUGCGAGGCUCCUGGGUGCUGUGCGAAGCAAGGAGGACAGGAUGGUGCGGGAGUUCUGGCGCCUGCUGGCCAUCUGCCACACGGUGAUGGUGCAGAAGAAAGACAACCAGCUGUUGUACCAGGCAGCUUCCCCUGAUGAGGAGGCGCUGGUCACAGCAGCCAGGAAUUUGGGCUACGUGUUCCUGGCACGCACGCAGGACAGCAUCACGGUGGUGGAGCUGGGGGAGGAGCGGGUGUACCAGGUCCUGGCCAUGAUGGACUUCAAUAGCGCCCGGAAGCGAAUGUCCGUGCUGGUCCGAAACCCCGAGGGCUCCAUCUACCUCUACACCAAAGGCGCAGACAUUGUCCUCUUUGAUCGCUUGUGUAAGAAAGGCUUGGAAGAGUGGACCACCACGGAAGAGGCCUUAACGUCCUUUGCCAAGCAGACCCUGCGCACGCUGUGCCUGGCCUACAAAAAGGUGGAUGAGGACACCUAUGUGGAGUGGCGCCAACGGCACCAGGAGGCCAGCGCCCUUCAUCAGAACCGGGCCCAAGCCCUGCACCAGGUGUAUGACGAGAUGGAGCAGAACCUCCAGCUGCUGGGAGCCACAGCCAUUGAGGACAGGCUCCAGGACGGCAUCCUGGAAACCAUCCAGUGUCUCAAGCAAGGGAACAUCAAAGUGUGGGUACUCACAGGAGACAAGCCAGAGACAGUGGUGAAUAUCGGCUUUGCCUGCCAGCUCCUGUCCGAGGACAUGCUCAUUCUGGAGGAGCAGGAGAUAGCUCAGGUCCUGGAGGCCUACUGGGAGAGCAACAACAACCUGCUGAGCGGCAAGGGCUCCCUGAAGAACCAGCUCCAGGUCAAGAUGGCCAUGGUCAUUAGUGGAGAGUUCCUGGACCAGCUGCUGCUCUCUCCGAGCAAGGAGCCCCGGGUGCUGGUCCAAAAUGUGAACGUGGACACGGAGGAGUCCUGGCAGGAGCCAGGCGAGCGGAGGACAGACUUCCUGCAAGCCAGGCGCACCUCUCUGAGGGGGCAGACCCUCAGGACCUGGCUGGGAAGCGUAGGGCUGGUGCCACAGAACAAAGAGUCCAACACGCACGAGAGCCCCCAGGUGCGACGGGAGCGGGCCUUCGUUGAACUGGCCUCGAGGUGCCGAGCGGUCAUCUGCUGCCGGAUGACGCCCAAGCAGAAGGCCUUGAUCGUGGCACUGGUCAAGAAAUACCAGAAUGUGGUGACCCUGGCCAUUGGGGAUGGUGCCAAUGACGUCAACAUGAUCAAGACCGCGGACAUCGGCGUAGGGCUGGCGGGCAAGGAGGGCACGCAGGCGGUGCAGAACAGCGACUACAUGCUGGCCCAGUUCUGCUUCCUGAGGCGGCUGCUGCUGGUGCACGGCCGCUGGUCCUACAUGCGAGUCUGCAAGUUCCUGCGCUACUUCAUCUAUAAGACACUGGCCAGCAUGAUGGUUCAGAUCUGGUUCGCUUUCUACAGCGGCUUCACUGCCCAGCCGCUGUAUGAAAGCUGGUUCUUGGUGCUCUUCAACCUGCUGUACACCUCUCUCCCGGUUCUGUACAUCGGGCUCUUCGAGCAGGACGUGAGCGCCGAGCAGAGCCUGGAGCUGCCCCAGUUGUACAGCGCUGGCCAGAAGGAUGAGCUCUUCAACUACUGGGUCUUCCUCCAAGCCUUCGCCCACGGCACGGCCACCUCCCUAGUCAACUUCUUCAUGACCCUGUGGAUCAGCCAGGGCAUGUCUGAGCCCUUCAGUGACUAUCAGUCUUUUGCCGUGGUUGUGGCCCUGUCAGGCCUGCUGUCCAUCACCAUGGAGGUCAUCCUCAUCACCAAGCACUGGACAGUCUUGUUCAUGCUGGCCAUUGUCUUCAGCCUCUGCUUCUACGUGGUCAUAACUUGGGCUAGCCAGAGCUUCUGGCUCUUCAAUAUCGCCCCCAAGAGCUUCCCUUUUCUGUAUGCUGGCCGAAACGUGCUGUCCCACCCCUCCAUCCUGCUGGUGGUCCUGCUGAAUGUGUCUUUAAACACCCUGCCUGUCCUGGCCUUGCGUGUCAGUUACCAAGCUUUUAAGAAGAAACACCCCAAGGAGGAGGAGAAGGAGGCUCCGGCUGAGGGGAUCGCUGCGGAGCCCCUGCCCUACUUACGCCGGGAGUCACGUACCCGGCGCUCCAGCUAUGCCUUCUCGCACCGGGAAGGCUAUGCAGACCUCAUCACACAGGGCACCAUUCUGCGGAGGUCACCAGAGGUCAACAGCGACACACUGGCUGAUCACUCAGUCCCAUGUGACGCAGAACUGGCCCCGAGCACCAAGGAGUCACCCUGGUACCAGAGGAGCCUGUCGUUCCUGGGGAAGAAGAGGCACCAGCACCAGGGGAAGGCGUCCUCCGAGGGUGUGCGGCCCCCUCUGCGAUGAGGUCCUCCUUGACUAUGGAGGGGCAGUUCUCUUUCACUAAAAGUGAGGCUCCCUCCAUGAACCGGCAAUCUGGGUCUUUCCACAAGGAAUUGCCAGUUAAGCAGGCAAGGCCAUAUUCUUCUGUGAAUCUGCCACCAAUCCAGGGGAGGCCAUCGUCUCUCAGAGGAAGCCAGCCACUGCCCUCUGGCCAGUCAUCUUUAAAGAACCAGCCAGCAUCCCUGGAGAAAAUGUCCUUUUGGAAGAUGUCGCCGCUGUCCCAGAGGAGCUGACCGUGCAUCUGGCAAAAGGACUCCCAUCCCCAUAAGAAGGGGAAGGCACCACUUCCUGAGUCCCACUCUACUCAGGUGGAAACUGCCACCGAGUAGGGAAGAACUGUUCACAAAUGAAGGGCCCACGGAGGUGGAGGCCCCACCCCCGGAGAGGCAGCCGUCACCCAUGGAGCGGCUGCCAGUGCCCAGAGCAAACCAAGGCGCACCUGUCCUGGGGGAGAGGGGGCAGCCACCCCUGCUUCAGGAGGCACAGCGAUGGCCCCGGGCUCGGGAAGCAUCAGCUGGUGAGCACGAGGCGCUCCCCGACUCCAGGAGCUUCGCAUCCUUUUCUUCUCCUGAUAAAGCAGGAUGCGUCUGACCCCAGAGCUCCCUGAGUGCACGCUUUUCCUGUGCUUCUUCCUGUGAUGCAUCCUGCGAUAGUCUCUCCUGGUUUUAAAAAUCAAAACACGCUAGUGGCCAGAUGAGGGAUUUUCAAGGAAAGCCAGUUUUAUUUGUUUGUUUAUUUUUUCCUUUUUUCACCCUGGGGCAGAUAGUGUGAAGAGAACUUUAUUGUUCUCAGAAAGAAAAAAUGUGCCAAGCAGAUUCUGCCUACCGGUCCUGGCUCCCUGGCUGCCGCCUGCGAGCCUCUCCCAGGGCGACUGCUACGGUCCAGCCCUGGCACCACCCAGCCUACUCCCUCUCCAGCUGCCCUGGUUUCUUCCCCUCAAAUAAACCACCGUACAUUCAGGCCCCAGGAAGCAAUGGGCAAGUGACUCCUCAGACGCAGGUCCCAACAAGAUGCUUGUCGUGAGGCUUGGUUGGCUCAAAACCGUCAAGCUUUUCUCUGAUUUUUAAUGGUUCCCAUGGAAGGUGGAGCCCUGUGGGGCUGCGGGCUCAGGGACCACCGUGGCCAUGGAGGAGGGUGGGGUUUGGAGUGCAGAGGACUGGGCUAGGGGAGACAGACUUCCUCCUCCCUGUCCCCUCUCCCCUCCCUGUUUUCGUGGUGGGUGAGCCUCAUUCCUUGCCCUCCUGUGCCCCCUCACUGUCAGCCAACACACACGCCCAGGUGAGUGAUUAGAAAAUAAUUUAUUGGAGAAAAACAAAACAACAAAUCCAGCACAGCAGUGGUUAACAAUGAUGAUGAUUCUUUUUUUUUUUUUUUUUUAACUUUUAAGCCUGUCGCCUGAGGGUGGGGUGAAGAGGGCUUCUGUUUCCUCGAGCAUUGGGAGGGGCUUCGAAUGACCCCAGGAGUGUGUCACCUGAAGACAGCCCUGGCGUUCAGUCUUGAUUAAACACUCAGGUCUCUUCCUCACCCCCGGAUGUGGGGGUCCACCCGAAGACCAGCCCAUGGGAUGGGUGGGGGGUGGUCUGCCGGGGCUACAAGGAGGACCCCGGGGAUCUGACGGGCUGGUGUGGCUUACACUGCUUUGAGCAGAGAGCGUGAAAUGGCCCAAGUUCCACUGAUGCAGGGGCUGGGUGGCAGGGUCCCUGGGGCACAAGCCACCCCACCCUCAUUUCAGGCGGGUUGAUCCUCCAAACAGGCUUUCUGUCCUUCAGGGGAUAAGGGCCUGAGGCCUGUCCUGGAAGGUGAGCUCUCCUGAUGGAAAUGGGGGGCCUCAUGCCAGAAUUGGAGUCACAGGCCUGGAGUCCCCUUUCACGAUUCCGGGAGACCCCUCUGUUGUCUAGGGCCCCAAUGUGGGCUGGAAGCAGAAAUGCAUCGCCCACUUCCCAGGCCGGACAGAAAGGUGAACUCAGGUCCAGCCCAGAGCCGAGGAGGAGGCUUGGGGUGCCGGGGGAGCCUGGCCAGGUGCCUGUCCUGGGUCCAGAGAGGGGCUUUCAGGAGGGUCCUUAGGGUCUCAGGAAGUUGGGCUGCACCCUAGCCUCACAUCACCCUGGGCGACAAGACUCAAUUGAUUGUCUCUCUCCUCUGAACAAGACACUUGGGAAUUCAUGCUGAUGUGAAACCAACCGGGGUCCAAGAUGGCAGUGACAGCCACCUGCGCCCGAGAGCCAGGAACAGGGAACUCAGCAGGCACAGGCGGGCGGUGUGUGGGCACCGGGAGGUGGGAAGCCAGUUUGGGUGCUUAAGCCUUGCUGUCUGCCUUCUUCCCUCCCCACCUCCCGCCGGCUGGACACAGAUCCUCAGAAAGGGGGAAAUCAACAGAGAGCAGCGCACAGGGGCCCAGACAGCGGGGGUCGGGCACGAAACACAAGGAUGCACAUGGACUCCGGGGCUCCAGCCCCGCGCCCCGUUCCCACCCCCCACCCCAUCCACUUAGUACAUUAUCAAGAAAGAGUACAUUAGUCAUGCAUCAAAUCAAAUUCCAUUGCGUCUUUUUUUCCAUUUUCUUUUUUUCUUAAAUUACAUUUGAACACAGACCACAUAGAAUAAUAAAUACUCUUAUAAGACUUGACUCCAAAAACAAGAAACAGAACACGCCAGAGAACACAAAGGUAUCCCUCUCUCUCUCUCUCUCUCUCUCUCUCUCUUCCUCUCUUUCCUAAAGGACUCGUUUGAGUAAGAAAUCUGUAAACGCCCCGUCCUUCGGUCCUCCCAGCCCAGGCUCUCGCUCGCGCUCCCUCUGCCUUCCGCCUCUGACCGCCCAGCUUCCGCUGCCUCGACAUUCAAUAUGUCUCCCACAGAACUCGUCAAAGAAAUGACAUACCA